AAUUAAGAAUUUUAAUUARACCAGUCCUAUUGUUCACUACGUCUAUCAUCAUCGUGUUAAUCCGACCAAUCGUGUUCACCAAUCGUGUGAUCAAGCCUCUCUAAAGAGGUACACAUCUGGUCAGGUUAGGUACUAUUCAGUUUCCAUUACAGUAGUGUCAGUGGUUCAGUGAAGGAAUUCUGUUCGUUAGAAAUGGCUUAUGUAGCGAGGGGARAUCAUAAAAAAGUUAUCCAGACAGGAGUUGAAUCGUUCAGGGAAAGAGCGGUCGUCCUACAGCAAGAACUGAAAGAAUGCGAGGAAAAACGAAAGCAGUUUUUAGAGGACUCCAAAAAGGCCAAGAUUCGAUUUCACAAGUAUAAACAAGAAGCCCCUGGAAUUAGGCUUCGGAUGCAGGAGAUCGACGAACGAAUGGAGAAAAUCGAACGAGAUUUAAAAAUAAACAAAGAGAAGAUAUAUCAAACUAACCGAAGGAGGCAAGAGAAUUUAAACAUGAUAGAAAAACUACAAGCACCAAUGCCAGAUAUGGGAGAACUGGCAAAGGAAAUCCAAACUGCAAGUCAAUAUGCAGGACUCAUGAGACAGAAAAAAGCUGCGGUUCAAAGUAAAAUUGAGAGUUUAGAGGAUAAAAUCCAAAGAGCCGAACGUCGCAGAGAGAAAGCCGAGGAUAUGUCUUAUACGAUUCUUCAGAAGCUCGCAACACACAGACAUCUUCUGGGCAACCCAGAGGUUACUUCCAAUUACAAGCCAAUGAAGCAAGAAGAGUAUAUUAGCAGGAUGAACAAUGCAAGAGAGAAAAUCAGAAUCGCUGCGAUCAGGAGGAGAAACGCUGAAGAUAUCGCUGGAAACUUAGAAAAAAGAAUAGCAGUGAUGGAUAAAGCCCUCGAUAAUUAUGAGAGGAGGAUAAGUGACUUUCACAAAAGCAAGAGAGAAAUCAUGGGAUCUAAGUUUUAGCUUCUUUGUGGCGGACUAUUCAUCGAACUGUGACUAAUUCGUUUAACAAUAACACCAAAAUCUGGUGCUGGAUUAUUCCUAAAUUCUGACUUUUAUAAAUUAUAAUUUAAAGAAAUUACUAAAUAUGUACUAUCAAUAUUGUUUUGCUGCCGAAAGGUAAGAGGUUCGCUCCGUGUUGGGACAGUUUYGGUGAACAGCUUUUUAUAGAAUCAUUUGUUUACAUAUUAAUAUUUUAUAACUUUGGAAAAGAAUGGUCUUCAGGAUUGUUUGUCUUUGUGUAUGACAYAGAACAUAAUAGAUUUACACAAAUAAAAAACGGCUUUAUGUAGCCAAACUCGAAAAUUUGAGWUACUGCAGUAAA